UAUAUUUUUGUAUAAAAUAUUCUAUUUUAAUGUAAAUAUUCUAUGUUAGCUUUCAGUUAUUUUUAUUCCAAAUUGAACAUAUUUCUCUUUUAAUAGAUUCAGUUAAGGGCUAAUUAUGAGAAUUCGUAAAUAUAAAUAUAUCGGUAUUUAAAUUUUAUGAAUUGAUAUAUUGAAAAUAUUAAUAGAUAUUUUAACAAAAAUACAGAUGCAAGGAGAAUGAUUCAAAAGUGGCCCGCAUAGGCCUCAUAUUUUUCCUCUAUAUAACCAACCACUUCCCGUCUUCCCAUGCAAUAUCGCUCUCCCUCUUCUCUUCCGUUCAACAAAUAUCCCUUAUUCUUGGUUUGAUCUUUGGGGCUUCAAAAAUUCAGUUUUCUCGGGAAAAUCAAGGGAGAUCUGAAAAUGAAGGGAGAUCUGGGAAAUCCUUUGCAUCUUACUUCAUUGAAUCACAUCUCGCUUGUGUGCAAAUCAGUUCCCGAGUCCAUUGAUUUCUAUCAGAAUACUCUCGGAUUCGUGCCUAUCAGGAGGCCCGGAUCGUUCGAUUUUGAUGGAGCCUGGUUAUUCAGCUAUGGAUUGGGAAUACAUCUUCUGCAGUCAGAAGAUCCAGAAAACAUGCCUAAGAAAACGGAAAUCAAUCCCAAGGAUAAUCAUAUUUCUUUUCAGUGUGAGAGCAUAGAUGCGGUGGAGAAGAAUCUCAAGGAAAUGGAAAUUCAUUACGUGAGGAAAAAGGUGACCGAAGGCGGAUUCGAAGUUGAUCAGCUCUUCUUCCACGACCCAGACGGCUUCAUGAUUGAGAUAUGCAACUGUGACAACAUUCCGAUCGUCCCUCUGGACAUCUGUUCAUGCUCUCGGGUGAAUCUCCAGAUGAUGCAGCCGCAACAGAUCAAAGUGGUGCGGCCAUGAAUAUCAUCCUCGUCCUCCUUGGCGUCGUAGUCUCUUCAUCAUCAUUAGCAGCAGAUGAAAGCACGCACGCACUAGGUGAAGUCUCAAAUUGCAAAUAAAAUAAAGUAGCAGCAGUAGGCAUUAGGUAUAGUGCCGUAUCUAAAUAAAACAGCACUGAGACUUUAGUUUGUUUUGUUUGUUUGUUGUGUGUGUGGACGCUUUUUUUCCCUUUCUUAUUUUUGAAGUAUUGUAAUGCCAAGUUCUGGACAUUCUCCUCAUUGAAUUCAAUGGCUAUGUUUGCUUUGAGAUGCA